UUAUUGGUACAACUAUAUAAUAUUAUAUACAAUGCACCUGCAAGUCAUUUUAACAUUUCCCAAGUAACCCAAAGAAACAAAAAAGUCCAUGUCAAAUUGCUCACAAACCCUAAAUAACCAUGUCUAUAUCAACCAGAGCAACCCUCAGUACUCUUUUCCAUUAGACACCACAAAUUCACAUCCUCUCUCUCUCUCUCUCUCUCUCUCUCUCUCUCUAUUCCCUACCUCCUUUUUUUUUCUUCUCUUCUUUGCAUGGACUGAGAGAGAGAGACUAGAAAGACUAUAUUCCAAUAUUAACAUAUUCAUUUCAGCCUUUUUCGUUCUCAUAUUAUUUUGUGUUUUGUGCUUUUCCACGUACAAAGAUGUCUCGCACGUGCUCACAGUGCGGGAACAACGGCCACAACUCGCGCACGUGCACGGAAGCUAGCGGUGGAGGCUGUGGUGGUGGUAGUGGUGGUGGUGGUGGUGGUGGCGGCGGCAAUGUGUCAGGAAAGAACGGAAUCAUGCUGUUUGGUGUGCGAGUCACUGAGGGAAACUCGUUUAGGAAGAGUGCUAGUAUGACUAAUCUCUCACAGUUCGACCAGCAGCCUCAAGACCCCAACGUUGAAUCUGGCUAUGCCUCCGACGUCGUUCACCCAUCCGGCCGUAGCGGCAAGCGCAAGAGAGCUGCUUUUCUUAUAUUUGAUUUUACUAUUUCCUAUUAGUUUAAGCCUAAGCUUUUAAAAAUUGUGAUUAUUUAUCUCAUCAUUUUCUAUCCGUUUAAACUUUUAGAACGAGACUUUAAUUCUCACCAUGAAAAAGACGAAGCAAUAUUUGAGUUAGAAUUAAUUGGGUUUAUUUUAAUGUUUUAUUAAUGGUUUUUUUUUUUCUUGUGUGUGUAUAGGAGUGCCAUGGACGGAAGAGGGGCACAGGCUAUUCUUGCUGGGGUUGCAGAAGGUAGGGAAAGAAGAUUGGAGAGGGAUUUCUAGAAACUUUGUGAAAACGCGUACACCUACACAGGUUGCAAGCAACGCUCAGAAGCACUU